GCAAGCCACAUUGACCAUGUCAGACCAAACAUCAGUUCCUCAACCUAUCAUCGCUCCUUCUGUCUUAGCCAGCGACCUCUCAAACCUCGCGGCGGAAUGUAAGCGUAUGUUAGCAGGAGGGGCCGAUUGGCUUCACAUGGGAGUUCAAAUUGAUGAUAGUCAUUUCGUACCCAACAUCACACUUGGUGCUCCUAUCAUAAGUUGCGUAAGGGAUAACGUUCCUGAUAUCUUUAUGGAUUGUCAUAUGAUGGUUUCUGAUCCUGAAAAAUGGGUACCGGAGAUAGCUAAAGCAGGUGGGAAAUUGUAUACUUUUCAUUAUGAAGCUACUUCGAACCCAGAACAAGUAAUAGAUCUCAUUCAUUCUCACAACCUUUUAGCUGGAAUUGCAAUCUCACCAGAAACACCAUCAUCAGUCAUCACUUCCUCCAUAGGUUCAAAAGCCGAUCAUUUAUUAGUCAUGACCGUCCGACCAGGUAGAGGAGGUCAAAAAUUUAUUCCUGAAUGUUUAGAGAAAGUAUCGGAUCUACGUAACAGGUUUCCGGAUAAGAAUAUUCAAGUAGAUGGGGGAGUAGGACCUGGUAAUGCUUGUCAAUGUGGGAAAGCGGGAUCGAACGUUUUGGUUGCUGGUACAGCUGUGUUCGGUGCGAAGGAUGCAGAGGGUGCUAUUAAACAAAUGAGGAAUGGGGUGGAAGAAGGUUUCAAGUUGAGGUGAGGUAUUUAUACUGUACUUCCGAAUAUGUUGUUGAGUUGGAAAGAAAAGAAGGAGAGUAGAAUAAAGAAAUAAAAUCAGUGUGUUGAUGGAAACACUCAGUCGAUGGUCAAUGUCAUAGAAUGGUCAAUAUGACAAAGAAUUGAAUGCAAUGCCAUGCCAUACGUUUAC